AUGGAGGCACAGAAGCAGUCUGGAUUUACAGCUGCACCAGCAGAUCAGCCUGUUCCAGCCUCUUCUCUCCAGCCCUCACAGGGUUCUCCAGAUCCCAGCCAAGGCAGUGUGGUUCCUCCCCGGGAGCAGGCACUGUCCCAGCCUGUGUAUCUCAAAGCCCUCACCAUCCCUCUGUACCAGCCUGUCCAGGCAGGAUGCUUUCAGCCACAGGGGCACUUAGUGACCAGCAGGAGCUGUGUACACCUCGACAGCACCAACAUCCCUCUCAUCCUGAGCCCACUCGUUCCUCCAGAAGGCACAGAUCAGCCUCAGUCAGUUUUUCCCAAACAACUUGGGCAAAGUCUAACAUUGAACAUAGUCAGCACUUUACCAGUUUUAUCAUCACCGACUUCUUGUGUAAAUGCAUGUCUUGGAAGCCCAGGAAAAUCAAAAAAAGCUGGGAAAUACAUCUGCAAACACUGUGGACGAGAUUGUUUGAAGCCAAGUGUCCUUGAGAAGCACAUUCGCUCUCACACAGGGGAGAGACCCUUUCCAUGCACCACUUGUGGGAUUGCAUUCAAAACUCAGAGCAACCUGUAUAAACACAGGAGGACUCAAACACAUGUCAACAACACCAGGCUGCCCUCAGACUCUGACACCAGUGGUGCAUCAGAGCAAAAUGAGAGAUCAACAGAGAGCACCACCUCACACCAAGGCAGCAAACUACUGAGGAGCACCAGUGAAGACAAGGGGAUAGAGCUGAAACAACCGAGUUCAGAGACCAGUGCUGCCACAGACACCGAGAGACACCAUGAGCUUUCACUCUCAGCAACAAGCACUUCAUCAGCUGCUUCAGAAAAUCAAGACACAACAAAUCAGUCCUUCAGUUCAAAGGUUAAUCAGGGGGUUCUUGAAAGAGAACCUCAAAGCUUAUCAUCUCCAGGAGCUUUGCCAAAUGGUCCCUGUCAGAGGAAGAAGAUGCAGGAGCAAAGAGCUCCAACUGCCAACAAGCACAUCCAGUUGCAAAGGCAGCAAGCAACCUCUUCUGAGAAACAGUGGGAUUACAAGCCAUUGGACUGCAAGCUGAAGAAGUGUGAGAGCACUGACUCGGGGUACCUGUCCCGCUCUGACAGCACAGAGCAGCAGUUGGCAUCGAGCAGCCCCUUGCACAGCCUCUCUGAGCACAGCACAGAGCUGGAAAAUGAGGCUGCCUUCAGCAGCCCAAGGUGUGUCUCUGGAGGCACUGCAAAGCCAGAGGCAGCUGAGAAGGCUACAGCCUUGAUGCUGGAGAAAAAGAGGCUGGAAGAACACAUUUCCAAACUUAUUUCUCACAACAAGAGCGUGGUGGAUGAUACCCAGUUAGACAACGUCAGGCCCCGAAAAACUGUCCUUUCUAAACAGGGAAGCAUUGACCUGCCAAUGCCUUAUACAUACAAAGACUCUUUCCAUUUUGAUAUCAGGACUUGUGAUGUAAAUAGGAAAAAGAAUCUUUCCCUUUGCUCAGCAAAAUCUACCUUUGCACCCCUGGAGAAAUGCAAGCCAAUGUUUUUCCAUUCAGUUCCCACCCAGUUCUCCACCACGAUCGACACUGUGCCUGUUACACGGAGCAAUUCCUUGCCCUUUAUGGAGGGAGCAAGGAUGGUGCAUGACAAACCAGGUUGCUCUAAACCACUUUCUCUUACUAAGCAGUCUGUAAAUACAGGCACUGCUGGUUUGCUGCCUAGCAACAAUCUUGCUGCAAAUUCAGUGAAUUUUCCUAAUAGCCAUCACAGAGCUCUAGUCAGACAAACAGCAGUGGAUGAUUUGCCUCUAAGUAAUGUGGUUGAUCAUCCUCCUCCACCAGAGGAGUUGCAAGGGAGUAAAAAGCUUGGGGCUGGAGAAAUAAUCCCUGCUAAAAAUAAGAAACACAAUCAAAGGAAGUUAAAGAUGUUCUCUCAAGACAAAUGGCAAAUGUAUGGAGAUGAAACAUUUAAGAAAAUCUACCAAAAAAUGAAAAGCAGUCAAAAUGCCAAGAAAAUGAAACAAAGGGGGAAUAAGAUUACAGAUAUUACAAGCUUCACUCCUGAUUCAAAGGAGUCAGGCAGCAGCACUGAAAUUACUGAGGAAAGAGAUGGCAGGAGCUCUGCAAGUGACAGUCAUCCCUCCCUUGUGACAGCAGCUUUAAACACUGGUAAAUCAGGAACCUGUACUCAUGGCAAGCAUGUUCCACAGAAUGUGUCCUCUGAGGAAACUGCAGACGGUGUGACCUGCCUAAUGGAGACAUCACAGUCCAUAGACACCAGUGCACAGCCUGUAAUGAGCAAAACUUCCCGAGACCUCAGUGGCAGUGACACAGACAAACACACAGCUGGCAGCAGCACAUCGCUAGCUCCGAGCAGUUGUGAGCUCAGGCUUCAAAAUCCUGAGUGUCAGCUGAGCAGUACCAGAAGGAAUGAUGAUUGCUUGCCAGUACAGAGUAGCAACUGGGAGAAACCAAGCCCUGGGAAAGAAUCCAGUAAAUUGGAAUUAGAUUGUAUAAGCACUUCACACCAUUACAGAAACCAUCAGAGGACUAAGGAGAGUGGCCAGCAUGGUGUGACACCCCCAUGGGUCCAUUGCAACAGCAGAGAAAGCACAGGGAAAUCCCAGAGUCUACCAUCAGAAAGAAAAAAGCUGAAAUUCGAAGCGGAGAAGAUACAAAACCUGAUUUCAAUGCCCUGCCCGACUCCUGGUAGUGGAGCCAACACAGCAAGUGAAGCUGAGAGAGUUCAUUGCUCUGGCACUCAGUGUCUUUCCACAGCUCCACUGAAAUUCUGCAGGGAAGCAGAGGAGCAAAAAUUGAGCACAGGAAUUAAUGAAUCCACUGGAGGUCCUGAGAAUGUGGAUUAUAUGAAAACAAUCAAACUCCCCACAAAACCUCUUCAUUAUAGUGACAUUCACCUUCUUCCACACUCAGCAGGUGCCUCAAAACCUUCAGAGCCUGAAUUAAGGGGAAGGGAUUGCAACUCUCUUGCCUUGCAAAGUGCAACAGAUAGAGAUGACAAAACAUGUUCUGAGAAAACAGGAGCAAAUGUGCCACUUUUCAAUGAAAAUGCUGUGGAUGUGUCUUCUGAAACUCAUCAUCUGCAAUCUGGACAUUUAACUCCUGUCCCACAACAAAAUGCCUUUUCUCCAAAAUAUAUUCUUAAAUUGCCAAAGGGCAAGAGAGCCUCAAAUUUGUCACUUUUGCUUAGAUCUGAACAGGUCACACCUUGCACACCUGUGACAGACACCUUAACCAACCCUCCCUUCCCUUCCAGCACUGGAUCACUCUGUUCUCAUUCAAGUGAUGUGGUUUGGUCCCCUUUAAAACUUGAAGUGAGACAAAAGGCUGGCAAAGGAGAACUUCGGUGGAAUGUACACACAAACUGGAAAACUCCAGGAUUUUGUUCAACACUCAAAUCAGAAACAACAAAUAUCUUAACCACAUCAGAUAACACCUGUUAUAACCAAAACUUCAGGCAGCAGGAGCCAGCAAGAGAUGACUGGAAAAACAAACAGAACAAAAAUAAACUGAAUUAUCAAAGGCAAACAGCAGAGAAGUGGAUGAGCAUAACUACUUGUUCGACACAGACUCCAAAGAAGAAAAUAUGCUUCACUUCUGUGUAUACAAGUGGCUUUUUCAUAUCAGCUGACAUCAAAGAAGAGAGAAAGGUUUUCCAUCAUCUUUGCUCAGGAGGUGACUCUUUGAUAAGGACAUCAGCUUCUAGCAAGGCUGCAGAGCCCACAGUCAUGGGCUGGGACAGAGGGGGAAGUCCCUGCAUCCCUAAGGAUGUGUCACCAGCACUGCAGGAUGUGCAGCACUCUCAGAGCUCCCCAGACAACCCCACUUAUUUCUGCCGUUCUUUUGGCACUUUUUAUUGCCACACUCUCACCACUCACUGUAAAGAAUUCCCAGUGCUGUCCUGCAAUAAUCAGACCUGCUGCUCUGGCAGUUUAAUGGUGUCAGGCAUGAAGAGCACAUUCCCUUCCCUCAGUGCUGAGCCACGACUGACCUGGUGCUGCUUAACCAGGAGCCUCCCCCUGCCCACGGAGCAGAAGGGCAGUGCAGACUCUGCCUACUCCUCCAUGCACUCCUGUGACAAGGAUCCCAGCACUCAGUGCACCCUGUCAAAAUAUGACAUUUCUAUUUUCAAGAUGAAGAACAUCAGCAAGACUGUGGCAUAUGGCUUAGCAAACACGAGUUUGAAAACACUGGUUUCAUCCUUUUCUAAAGGACAACAGAUACAGGAGUUCAGCUCAGCAGCUCCUGGUGGUGCUUUCACAAAUAUUUCAGAGCAGAAGAAGAAAACAGCAGUUUGCAAAAAGGAAAAACUCUCAACAAAUAAACUCAAGAGGAGCCACAAGCAGAAAAAGAUUAAAGUCACCCCCAAAUGGUACAGAGGGAGGCACAUCCAUGGAUAUGCUCAGCUGAAAAUGAACAGGCUAAGCAAGAGGCACUGCUUUCCAAACAGGGCACUGGAUGCUUUGAGAAAGGGCUAUUCAUCACAAGCCUCUAAGUUUAAUAAGCAUAAGAAGUGCCAUUCUCCUCAGUCCAAGGUGCAAGAAAAUUACCUACACCAGCAAAAAGACACAUCUUAUUCCACCUCAGACAAACCACUUUGCAGAAGGAAAAAAGAAGGAAAGAACAACUCAGGAAUAUCUUCCCAUACUGAAAACCUAAACCAUGUUAAACAAAAAGACAAAAUGGAUAAAAAAGACAUUUCUGGGCAAAUCAGGGAACACACAAGAACGAACUUCUCUUUCCAGAACAUUCCAACUCCUCUGGGAAUAGCUGUGACAGCUCACUCCUUUUCCUCCACAGUUAGCACAGCCAUGCAGCAAGUCAGCAGGGAUGUGGCAAUCUGCUGUGUGGUGACACAGCCCCUGGUGCUGCAGCACUCAGUGCUGGGGCAGUCCCAGCUGAGCCCUCAGACUCACUCAGUGUCACCUUCGUUUGGGUCUUGUCCUGCUGCUUCUACAAAUACAGGCACAAGUGACCAACUCGACAGCACAAACCCACAGCCUUCUGGGCCUCUUUCCUUACAUCUAGAAGCAAGUCAGGAAAACAUAUUGAAGGCAGAGUCAGAGAGCCAAGUGUUUGGUACAUCAGAGCCAGUGGUCCAGACCUCAGGAAGGGAGAAAUCUCCAGCUGAAGAAAACACAUAUUCACCUCCCAAAGAAAACUCAACUCCCAGUUCCCAGCCUGGAUGCUCAUGUUUAUUUGGAGCAAAAUCAGAGUCUCUUCCUGAGUCAGUCACAAAGGCAAAGUUACCCAGCAGAGAAUACACAGAGCAGGCAAAGUUGUCUCACAAACUCCUGGACCUUCACAGAAGUGCAGACAAGAACGGAGCUCACCUGCAGCCCAGGCACUAUGGGAGGCCACAUGGAACAGCUACUACUACCUUUAGAAAGGCUCCAAUUACUCUGAGAUCCCCUGAGUUCAGGAGUUACUCUGCAGCACCUUCUAAGACAUACAAGAAGAGAGGUUUAGAGAUGAUGAGGAAACAAACCCGAGUGGACUACGAUGACACCAGCAGUGAUGAUGAGGACAGGCUGGUUAUAGAGAUUUAG